UCUCUGCUCAGAAGCCAACCUUCCACACCUGACACCAUGACCCAUUCAUGCUGCUCCCCUUGCUGCCAGCCCACCUGCUGCCAGCCCACCUGCUGUGAGUCCAGCUGCUGCCAGCCUUGCUGCCCCCAAACUUGCUAUGAAGCUACUCAGACCACCUGCUGCAGGACCACCUGCCGCAAACCUACUUGUGUGACCACCUGCUGCCAGCCCACCUGCUGUGAGUCCAGCAGCUGUGGACAAACCUGCUGCCAGCCCACCUGUGUAACCAGCUGUUGCAGCCCUUCCUGCUGCCAGUCCACUUGCUGUGAGUCUAGCAGCUGCGGACAAAACUGCGGUGGGUCCAGCUGCUGCCAGCCAGCCAGCUGUGCACCCGUGUACUGCCACCGAACCUGGUACCAGCCCACGUGCUGCUGCCUGCCUGGGUGCCUGGCCCAGAGCUGCGGAUCCAGCUGCUGCCAGCCUUGCUGCCGCCCUGUCUGCUGUCAGACCACCUGCUGCCGCCCUAGCUGUGUGUCCAGCUGCUGCCAGCCCUCCUGCUGUUAAUCACCUCUCCAAGAACCACCACCUCACAUACCAAACUUCUUAGCAUCUGAUUUGGCAUUCUAGAACAAAUGUCACUUCCAAACAUUGCUGAAAGCCAGCAUUCUACCACCACAUUUUUGUUACUCAUCUGCCUGUUUAAAAGCUUGUGAAUCAGCCUGAUGGAGUGCGGAGGACUUCCUCCUGAUUCUCUUCCUAUGUGUGUGGUCCUGUGCUGGCUUCCUGCAUCCUCCACGGGGAGUGUUGGUCUCUGCUUUGACUCUGAAAUCAUGAUCUUUACCUUCUCUCCACAUGUAACGUAGGGGAAAAAAAUCCUCAUGACUUUUCCUUCAGUUUCUGCUACGUAUCUUCAUAAUACUCUUCAUAAUCACAUUUCUUGUUCAAUGUAUUCAUGGUUCUUGUACCCUGCUUUCUUCUUUUCAUGAUCACUUUGAGGUGUCUCCCUAGAAGCAGGGAAUCUUACCCACAUUUCUAAAUAAAUCCUCUUCCACUUUUCAUCCCAUGUUGUGUCUUUGGGUUAUUGGACAGCUUUCCUGCUGUAAGGAUUUACACACAGGUGCAUCUCAUACGCGUUGUUCCUUCUAAACUCAUACGGUCUCCCACAAAUUCUCUUCCCUUCUCACGUGAGAAAAUGUCCAACUUGAUAGAUUAUCUCAAAGUGAACACACCCAUGUCCCUAUUACCAGGUUAAGAAAUAGAACUUAACCCCUUUCGUUUCAAAUUAUCUCUCUCAAUAAUAUGAAAAUUUAUAUUGUGAGUAUCAUCCAUGUAAUUAUCUAUGGGAAAUUCAUCCCCCU